UUAGGAGGAGAUGAGUGGGGGUCAUGGUAGACUGAACCUUCAGGAGCAUCAGGGUGAAACUCGGAGUGGAGGUGAUUGGAUCAGUUUCAGAGGCGUGGUCCUGGUCCUGGUCCUGGUCCUGAAUGUUAUCAUCACUUCAUUUCAUGCUGAUUAAUUAGUGUGAAGCUGCUGGCUUCUGUAUUUACUCUUAAUCUAUGAUAAUCCCAUCUAUGUUAAGAUGAUCACAUGAGCUGAAUAGAACAUAUUAGUUUAUAUAUAGCUGGCCUUGUUUUUCUAGCUGUACUAGGAUCCAUCAGAUGAGUGUGUUAGAGCAAACUGGGACAAUAUUCUCCUCUUAAUGAGGUACAGGGGAUUUAAAAAGGAACAAAGAAACAUUAAAAUAUAAUUAGAACAGCAAAUAUUUACUUCUGAGUCCACAGUUUUGUGUCACCAACCUAAAACACUGCGGUUCCUUCAGGUACCUGGUGCAGGUUACUCCACAGCCACCAGAGGGCAGCAGAUACAUGCUGACUGAGCAGUGUCCUGUGUGUCUCUGUGCUCAGGCUGAAGUUUCAUUCUGUGACCUUUAUGAAACACAGAGUGAAGAUGAUUUGGAGUUUGUGAUGUCUUGAUAAAGGUCAUGAAUGAAAUGUCAGCGUCCGACAGGCCGAGUGUUAAAGUGAAGACAGAGAGCGUUUCCCUCCAGGCCCGGGCGCCGUGUGACGUUUGAGUCCUAAAAAAAUACUCUGUUAAAGCUUUUCAGAUGGAACUGCUAAUUUAAUCUGUAGGAGAAUAACAGAGAGGGAGGAGAUUAGAGGAAUUAUUCAACCUCUCUUUUGAUUGACACGGGGUUGACCUUUGCCCCCAACAUGAGAGAUUGCCUCGCUGUCUGCUCCAACCUAAUCACAGGUCAAAGUCUGCUCCCCGCCUGGCAGAGUCAGGACGAGCACAGUGUGUUGUUGUCCCUCACUCUCUGUGCUGCUGUCACCCUUUCAACAUCACCAUGCUGCCCCGGACUCUGCUCCUGCUCCUCGUCUGUGUGUCUGUGGGCAUGUGUGCCACUUUGGGGCACUACCAGGCCCAAGCCCAGGAGGAGGAGGAGGAGGCCCUGGCUGUGACUGAGAGUCCUGCAGCAGACACGGACGUAGCAGCUCCAGCAGAUGUCCAAGCAGAUGACCCGCCUGCAGCUGAGGAACCUGGAGAUGACUCCCUGGUUGGUGACAUCCUGUCAACUGAAACACCGGUGCAGGAUAUCCAAGAAGCUGACAAACCUGAGGUGGACGCCCCUGAGGUGGACGCCCCUGAGGUGGACGCCCCUGAAGCAGACGCCCCUGAAGCAGCUGCCCCUGAAGCAGCUGCCCCUGAAGCAGACGCCCCUGAAGCAGACGCCCCUGUAGCAGACGCCCCAACAGCAGGAGACCCAGAGACUGAAAGUGACGGGCCUGCUGGAGACGCCCCGGUGGAGGAAGCUCUCACCGAAGAAGCUGUCACCCAGGAGCAGCCUGCAUCUGAUGCAGCCGUCAGCCACGAACAGCCGUCUUCUGAUGAAGCGACCACCCCAGAAGAACCUUUUGCUGAAGCUGUCCACCAAGUGAAACCUUCUGAUGAGGAGGAAGAGGACAAUGAAAUCAAAGUGUCCGUGAACACACAAGUGGCUCCUGAAGAAAGCAGCAGUUGGGGCUUUAACUCCAUCAGAAACAGUUUCCAGACCAUGAAUGGGUACUUUGACUCUCUGGUGGAGCUGGUGGGGGGGCAGGACGGUGUGUGUCAGUACCGCUGCAGAUACGGAGAAGCUCCUCAGCCUCGCCCUGGAUACCAGCUGCCUGAACCCAACGGCUGCUCCUCCUCUCUGGUUGGAUUCCAGGUGAAUGCUGCUCUCGACCUGGGGAUCCCGGCGAUGACCAGCUGCUGCGACGAGCUGGACUUGUGCUACGACACCUGCGGGAUGAGCAAGUACGAGUGUGACACCAGGUUUAGAACGUGUCUUCAUGGGAUCUGCACCGACGUCAACAAGAGUCUGGGCUUUGUGAAGAAGGUGGAAGCCUGUGAAUCGAUGGCUGACACCCUCUUCAACACGGUGUGGACGCUGGGCUGUAGACCUUACAUGAACAGCCAGAGGGCAGCGUGUGUCUGCGAGGGAGAGGAGAGGGAUGAGCUGUGACAGGGUCUCAUGAAGAAGGAACUCCUGGACAAACUCAAACACUGUCUCAGAGUAUCCCCACAGAUCUGUUAUUUAAAGACUUCAUCAAGUUCAAAAGGACAGAGACGGGAAUGCAAAUGAGCAUUUUCUCAGGUUUCACUCACAGGAAGUAAAGUCGGUGUCUGGAUAUGACUUUCAACAUCUUAAUCUCUCACACACCUUCUACCCUCCUUUUUAUUUUGGGCUGUUUUCAGGCCUCUAUGACUCCAUUAUCAUUCAUUACUGUGAUGACUCCAGACAAAGUGCCUGAUGGGAAGGAUAUUGUAGUUGCAUUAAUUUCCUCUGGAUCCAAAGAUAAAAUAAUUACUAAGGUGUUCUGCUCUUCAUCAAGACACCCUGCUUUAACCUGAACCCUGUGAAGCUUAGAGCAGCUCCUGCCUUCAUGUUGAUGUGAGUUAUUUCACGGUUAGUAUUUGUUCUUCUUAAAUGAAUAAACAUCAGUUAACACACAGGAUGCUAGUUAAUGUAAGAUUGAUGAAAUGCUGUCAUCUCUUCAUCCCCUCGCUGAAGUCUCUGCAGCCGUACAUUAAACUGAGCAGAUCACAUCUCUGGACGUUCCAUGUAUAUUUCAAGUCGGUGUGAAAUGCUGUGAAAUAUUAAACCCACUAAAUCUCUGAGCUGUAAUCAAGCCUGAGAAAUGCCUCGCAAGUGUGACCUAGAAAAGCAUCCUUCAUGCUGUAGUUGUUACAAAUGGACUGUGGCCACUCUGAGUGAUUCCUAAUAGAAAUGUCAUUCACUUUAAUGUCAGGAAAUUGCUCUGCCAGGCAGAGUGGCAGAGACGCACAAACGUGGAUGUAUCAAGCAGAAUGAUUCCCAGCGCUGUGACUGACACUGAAACAUGGAGGGCAGUAUGAAAGAGUGGAGUGUAUAUACUGUUCACUUGUAUGCUUAUGACUGAAUGAACUGCUCUGUAUAUAAACACCAAGUGAACUCAGA